CCACGUGGUGCUGUAUUUGAUGACAUCAUCCAGGUAGGCGGCAGCAUACGCAGCAUGCGGACGCAGCGCCUGGUCCAUGAGGCGUUGGAAAAAGGCCCGGGGCACCAACCAGCCCAAAGGGAAGCGUUGUGAAUUGGUAUAACCCAAACGGAGUAGAGAAAGAUGUUUUUUCCUGGACUCUGGCGACAAGGGAGUCUGCCAGUAGCCCCUGGUCAAAUCCAGUGACGCGGUGCCCAAUCGGUCCAGGAGUUCGUCGACCCGGGGGAUCGGGUAUGCAUCAAACCGUGACACAGCGUUCACCCUGCGAUAGUCUACACAGAACCUUAUGAAGCCAUCCUUGUUGGUGACCAGAACGAUGUGGCUGCACCAGGCACUGUUGGACUCCUCUAUUACGCCCAUCGCCAGCAUAGCAGCCAAUUCCCUCAAUUUUCCUCUUUUGUCCGAGAGAUGAGCGUCGAAACGGAGCCGGGUCGGAUUGGUGGACUUUGGGACCUCUGGUCCCAGCUACUCUCUCUCAGCUACUACAGCCGGACAGCUGGAGCUACCACCGCCGCGGUCGUCAAGAAGAAGGCACAGACACACGGUGUGCCGGCUAAACGGAAUGAGCUGUACUACGACUGCUGUAAGGAGCCAUAUCCAGAUGUGACAUUCACUGUCACUAUGCGCCGCAGGACGCUUUACUACGGCCUCAACCUGCUCAUCCCCUGUGUGCUCAUCUCUGGUCUGGCCCUGCUGGUCUUCCUGCUCCCUGCUGACUCUGGAGAGAAGAUCUCCCUAGGCAUCACAGUGCUGCUGUCUCUCACGGUGCUACUGGUCGCAGAGAUCAUGCCUGCCACUUCAGACUCCGUUCCUCUGAUUGCCCAGUACUUUGCCAGCACCAUGAUGAUUGUAGGCUUGUCUGUGGUGGUAACCGUCCUGGUAUUGCAGUUCCACCACCACGACCCCCAUGGAGGGAAAAUGCCCAAAUGGGUCCGAGUGAUCCUACUGAACUGGUGCGCUUGGUUUCUCCGCAUGAAGAAACCUGGAGAGGAAAACCGAACCACUGUGAGUUCCAGUUGCCCCCCAGACUACAAAAACUCCCACCAUCCCCCGGAGCACACCGGCUCCAGCAGCAUCCAGGUGAGCUUCGUGCCGGGCCAGGCGUCCACCCUGCCAACCGCGACCAAUGGGAACGCCAACCUGUAUCAUGGUUACCACCCUCGGAGCUCAGACAACCAUUCAUUCCCACCAAGCACCGAGUCAGGCGUGGUAAUGUGCGCCGGCGGCCAUCUCAACGGCUCCUCCCCACGUGAGAUCCACUUGGAACGGACUGUGCUGCUGGAGCAGGUUCCGGAGAUUUCGAGGAUCCUGGAGGAAGUGCACUACAUCGCCAGGCGCUUUCGGGAACACGACGAGGGAGAAGCGAUCUGCAGCGAGUGGAAGUUUGCAGCGGCAGUGGUGGAUCGGUUGUGCCUGGUGGCCUUCUCGCUCUUCUCCAUCAUCUGCACCUUCACUAUCCUCAUGUCGGCUCCCAAUUUCAUUGAGGCUGUGUCCAAAGACUUCACAUAAGGCUGAGCUCGUCAACAAGGCAAAGUUGACUUUGGAAGCUUUGUGGCGCACCCGUCUCGCUGCUGCAAACUAUGUGAAGUCACACGAGGUUGAGUUAUUUCAAAGGGGUUGUUCAAAGUCACAGUACAAAGCCAAUCUUUUCCUCUUUCUCUUUAAACGAAGGCACAGCUAGUGUAUGAUUAAUUGUAGAUGCAUCUGGAUUACACAAUUACUUGUUGUAUAUAAAUUCACCACAUAUGUGGGAAUGGAAAUAGUAAUGAAGUAAAUAACUCAUUACUAAAAUCUAAAUGGUUGUCAUAUAACCCGGGCAACUAUGUAUUGACAUUGUCUCAGUGCUUUUUUUUUACAUAUGUAAGUAUUUAAUUGAUCCUUAUUCACCACUUUUUCUUUCUUGCCAUUCACACAAUUUCGGCGCGCUUCCUUUCUUUCCCCUGAUCCUCUCAUUUCCUUUUUCUUUAGCGUACAUGUGACUGUUGCCAUUAAAAUGAAUUCUUGAGACAUUUGCAGAUCUGCUCCUUUCACAUUUAUUAUAGCUUGAAGUAAUUUCUGGAGGGAUCCAACAACAAAUUUAACUUCCAAAAACAUAUUCCUAUAGACGAUGUUUAUGUGACUUCUGCACUGGUUACAUAAGUCUUGUUGAUGAUGAAGUAAAAAAGAUGAAUGCAAGUCGUAGUCUUGCAGUAGUUUAAACGAAUUUGGAAGGUACAUCAUCCCAGUGUCGAUGUAUUCGGUACUAUCCUUCUGUAGUGCCGAGUGCUUUGUUAUUUUACUCAGCGAAAGGCAAAAACGUUCUUAUCUAAUCUCUGGUAAUAUUCAACAAGAAUGAAUGGGACCUCGUAUAUAUAUUUAUACCACACAUGUCUAAAUGGUAAAUAGGGGGGGUUUUUUCACUGGAGAAAUGUUGGACUAUUCUAGUCCAUUUGUCUUUGCACAUUUGAUGAUUAUAAGCUGCAGGUGUAAUGAUAGAUGAAGAAUAAAAGACUAGCACUGAUAAACAAAGAGCACAAAGCUGUUUCAUGAAUUUCUUUUUAAAAGGAAACUCAUACUUGGUAUGUUAUUUUGAUGUAACAUACUGUACGGUGGGUCUUGGUUGCUGUAAGAAUGUGAUUUAAUAGAUUGAGAAAUAGUUUUUCAUCUUGGAGAGUAUAUAUUUACAGAAGAGACAAUGUCUCCACAUACAGAAUGUGUAACUUGGACAAACCUAUGUAGAUACUUUGUGAAAUAACCUCUCCCAUUUCUAUUGUUAGUCAUGCAGAUGUCUAUUUAUUUUCUUUCAUGUGAAUAGCAUUUAUGGCACUGAGUCUGUUCAAUGUUAAAUGAACAAAUAUCAUUAAUUACAUAAUUAUCUUCACUGAACAUGCAUAAAGAGAAUAUGAUGUUAUCGGUUAAAGACAUUCUGCAUUGACCAAUUAAAGCUAUGUUGAAGCAGCAACCAUACAAUUGAUUUGAAUAGAUGUGUUGCACAUGUGAAACUGUUUACUGAUAUUGCAAAGUACACUAAAAACGGAGUAUAUGACUGUUUACUAUUUCUUUUUAUACGUGUGUUGUAUUUUGUAGUCUUUUGUGUGGUCUUUGCCUCUCUGCUAAGUAUACUUCAUUCUUUCAAAAGAUGUACAUAAAUUGUGAAAAAUAAAAGGGAAAUGUGAUCA